UCACAUAAACUGCAUGAACCGCUCGUUUUCGUACGGUGAUUAUUGUUUACCAACAAUUCUGUGCUACAAAAAAUUCGCUCAACUUGAUACCUGCCGGCAUAAAACAUACCCGCUUCUUUAAACAAUGGACAGCAAUCAGCUGGAUACCUCCGCAGAUCUCCAGGAAGCUAACGACACCGAAGAAGCUUUAUCACAGGACUCGCAAAUCGACACCGGGGAGAAACUCGACACCGAUGCUUCGACAGAAGAUCCCUUCCAAAGCCAGGAGUUUCUGCAACGUAAGUUAUAUUUUCUGCUGGAACAUCUGAAAAAGAUGCACGCUACCUUACCUGAGCAAUAUCAAAUACGUGUCUCGUACGAACUAUUAGCCGGUCUAGCCAACUCCUUAUUGAACGAUACGAUUUUUGAAAUCGUGAAAGGAUUAAUGGAAAUACAACAUGUUACUGAAAAGCAUCUGAUGCAAGUUCGAGAGAAGGUGGAAAACGAUCACCAAUUGGAAGUUAAACAGUGGGAAUCCAAGAUUCAAGAUCCGGAGGAAUUGGAACACAUCAUCGCAUUGAUGAAAAUUAAACAUACGAAAAACUUGAAGGAAACAGACAUGAAACUGGUGCUACAUCUAGAUCAGAAGGUCAAAGAUCAGCAAUCGACACUGGAGAAGGCUGGUGUUCCUGGCUUUUAUGUGACAGAAAAUCCCAAGGAAAUCAAAAUUCAAAUGUACCUGCUCGAUUUUAUUCUGCGGUUGAGCCGAAUGAAAUGCGAACCGAACAAAUAGCAUCCGGCUGAGCUUGACGGGGAUGCCUUGUCGAGAGAUACCAUUUAGGACUGUUAGAUAAUUUAUCCAGCAUUUUAUUUUUUAUCUAUCUAAAUUUAAAUAAGAACAUUUUUUACUGUCACUAAUGCUAUGCGCAAGCGAUUCGAAUAAAUGUCGAACUUGCGUACAAGCUCUACCACGAUAGUGAAAUAUUUCAGCUUAUCCCCUCCCUAAUACUAAAUACUAUCACACACACUAGGUAAAUAUCUCUACCGACUACAACUAUAAUUGCUAUCACACUGACAUAAGUACAUCCCACUAACAUUAGAUAUCAGCAUUCGGAAUAUCCGAAUUAUUGUACCUUCAACAAUAUCUAAACAAUAAAUUCGCAAUAGCCUAAA